AUGAAUACGGACUCAACUGCAGACGACCCAGCAAACGAAUCAGCAACAGCAAUAGGAGUAGGUGGCGGUGCCAACAUGAGUGGCGCACCACAGGUGGCCCAACAGAAUAUGCAUUUUAUUGAAGAAACUGGCCGCUGGACAUACACAGAUGCUGAGGGUAUUUCCUACGAGUAUGACGAGAACCUGAAGGCAUGGUUUCCAAUGUUUAAUGAGCAAUUAGUCCAGGCGCAACAAUCAGCGUAUGGAGAGACAGUACCAGACAGUUAUGUAAUAUACGCAGAAAAUUCAAAGCGGAACAAAUCUAAACGUAAGGAUUACGACAAUGAUAACAACUCAACAGCAGAGCAGGAUGACAAUGGUGAAGAACAUGUUGCAGAGUUUCUAUCAGAGAUCGAAUCGAUGCAUGGAGGCAAAAACAAUCGAUUUAACAAACAGAAUAAUAAGAGACAGAAGAACAAUAAUAACCCUCAGGAACGCGAACGGAAACCAAAACCGAUCUCAUCUGUCUUUGUGACUGGAUUGCCGUUCGAUACUGAUGUUGAGGAAGUAGCCGAUGUAUUCAAGAAGGGAGGCGUUUUUAUGGAGGAUGAAAAGGGAGUGCCCAAGAUCAAGUUAUACACAGAUAAGGAAGGCCGUCGGACGGGAGAGGGUCUGGUCUCCUAUCUGAGACCUGAAUCCGUUGCUUUGGCGAUUGAUCUGUUGGACGAUACAGAGUUCCGGCCUGGAGUGGAAAGAGGACGGGUCCGAGUGCAACAAGCACAAUUCAAGGAAAAAGAGAAGCCUGAGCAAACUAAAUCAACUUUGUCAGAGGAUCAAAAGAAGAAGGUGCAGAAGAAGUAUCAAAAAUUGGAGAAGAAAUUGGAUUGGUUUGAGGAUGAUGAGAAUUUGGUCAAGGCUGAAAAGUGGAACAAGGUGUGUAUUCUCAAACACAUGUUCACACUUCAGGAACUGGAGGCAGAUCCGACGUUGCUCUUGGAUUUGAAGGAAGAUAUCCGGGAAGAAUGUGAAAAGGUUGGAGAGGUUACCAACGUGAUCAUCUACGACCAUCAUCCUGAAGGAGUCGUGUCAGUACGGUUCAAGGACAAAGAGUCUGCAGAACUCUGUGUUCGAUUGAUGUCAGGACGGUAUUUUGCAGGUCAAAAAGUGGUUGCAGAGAUCUAUGAUGGCCAUACAAAAUACGAUGUCAAGAAAUCAAAAGAGGAAUUGGAACAGGAAGAGAAGCAACGAUUGGAUCGAUAUGCCAAAUGGCUUGAGUCUGAAGAGGAAAAGGAAAAGCAGGCAAAGCAAUCUGCUGUUGCAGAUGCGCCUACACCUUGA